AUGACCAAGCCAACAGUUCUUGUUCUUGGAGGACUAGGUUUUAUAGGUCGUAACUUUAUUCCUUAUCUUGUAGAGAAUGACCUUGCCUCCGAAAUAAGAGUAGUCGAUAAAGUUUUACUUAUAACAACCGCCCUCAAUCCUAAACAAAAGGAAGCGUUUUCCAAAGUUGAAGUCUGGCAGAAGGACCUUGUUGAUCGUGUUUCAAUUGAAAGAUCUUUUACACGAGGGGACGGAAGUUCGUACGAUUAUGUCUUUAAUUUAGCAGCUGAAACAAAGUAUUCACAAAUCGAAAAGGUUUACGAAGAGCGUGUCUACACUCUGUCUGUCCGAAACGCAGAGGAAGCUGCUCGAAGAAAUGUUAAGGUAUAUGUUGAAGUUUCGACUGCGGAAAUAUACAAACCAGAUAAAAAUCCAAGUAAAGAAGAAGAUAAGGCUAAACCUUGGACGAUGUGUGCCAAGUAUAAACAUAAAGCAGAAGAAAAGAUAAAAACCAUUGAAGGUUUAAACCUCGCAAUCUUACGACCAUCUGUAGUUUAUGGGCCGGGUGCAACUAUGGGUAUAACUCCUCGUAUUGUCUGUGGUCGAAUUUAUAAAUUAUUAAAUGAAGAAAUGAAGGUCCUUUGGUCUGAGGACCUCAAAGUUAACACUGUUCAUGUAACUGAUGUCGUUCGUGCCUUAUGGCAUGUCGCAACCUGGUAUCAGAACAAUGAUAAGGCCGGUAAAGGCCCCGUGGUUUUUAAUUUAUCUGAUUCGGGUAAUACAGACCAAGAGCGAAUCAAUAAACACCUCGGCAGUAUCUUUGGCAUCAAGACUGGAUUUCAUGGAACUAUUACAUCUAAUCUGGCACAAUUGAAUCUUGAUAGUGCUGUAGAUGAAAGCAACGAUAAGCACAUGGGUCCUUGGACGACAUUUAUAAAAGACAGUAAAAAAAUUAAAAACACACCAUUAACUCCCUACGUUGACAAGGAACUUCUUUGUAAUAAUCCUCUGUCUGUUGAUGGAACAAAGAUUACCGUGGAGACGGGCUUUCAAUAUGAAGUUCCAGAAGUUACAGAUGAAAAACUCGUUGAGAUGAUUGAAGACUUUAAAGUAAUAGGCUGGUGGCCAAAGGAGCCAAAAGAAAACGUUUAA